AUGGAGAGAAUGGGAAGUAUUCACAGGAAGGUUAUGGUCAGACAACACAAGGCUGAAGUCAUGAUCGCUGGAGAGCAACUCAGGCUGAGACUCCAUGAUGGCAAAUUGAUAAAGGAUCACAGAUAUCACCUGCGCACCUACCCAAACUGCUUUGUGGCCCAGGAGGUGAUCGCUUGGCUGGUCAACCACAAAGAGGCACCCAAUCGCCAAGUGGCCCUGCAGCUCAUGCAGCACCUGAUUGAACAUGACAUCGUCCACCAUGUGUGUGACAAGAGCCCUGACUUCAAGGAUGCCAAGCUGUUGUACCGCUUCAGGAAGGACGAUGGAACUUUCCCCUUCAACACUGAGGUUAAAGUUUUCAUGCGCGGACAAGUCCUUUAUGAGCAUCUCAGUGGCAGGGACUCCAUCCUCCAGCUACGGGAGGAGAAAGGGGUGUCGUACCAGCGCUCCUUCCCCGGGUGCCAGCUCAUCGACUGGCUGCUGCAGAACGGGGAGGUGCCAAGCCGCCGGCAGGGCCUGGAGCUCAGCAGAACCCUGCUGGAACAUGGCAUCAUUCAGCAUGUCUCUCUGAAGCACCACUUCUUCGACAGCGCGCUGCUGUAUCAGUUCUGCAUCAACUUCCGGCGGCGGCGGCGUCUAUCGGAGCUGCUGAGCGAAGGGGAGGCGGACGCGGAGGGCGUGGCUCCCCAGCGGCAGGAGGAGGAGCAUCCCGACAGCCCCUUCGUCCUGCGCAAGAACGCCCCGCCACCUGUGGAGGGAAACACAACCUUCGUGUCUGUUCAGCGAUCCGAUCUCAAAGUUGCAUCUGGAGCACGUGGGGGCGCUAUAACAAACCAACAGGCAGGCAGUGGCUAUGGUAACCCCAACUCCCUCUCCUCAGUACCUGUGGUGAGGUGCAACCCCAAAUCAGUUCUGAGGAGAAAUGUCACCUGCGAAGAACUUCUGUCCCCGGGGGCUCCUUUCAUUAGAAGGGUUUUAACGGUGUUUGGGGAUGCUUUGGGCUGGGGGUUGGUGGUUAGAGGACGAUCGCCAUGUUAUGUACAAGCUGUUGAUCCCAGCAGUCCUGCCGCAACUGCAGGUGUUAAGGUUCGUCAGUUUGUCUGCCAGGUGAAUGGACGCAGCGUUCUCCAUCUGGACUACAGAGCAUUGAGGAAACUGGUGAUGACGGGACCUCGCACCAUCGUACUCGAAGUGAUGCAGCCCAUUGAUUAGCUGCAACGAUAAAGAAUAAGACAAUGUAAGAUAUAAGAUAAAACGAUAGGCUAAAGGACAAAUAUUGGACAAAAAUUGACAAAUAUUUCAAACAGUCCUUGUGGAGUAGGCUACUACAUGAAGCUUAGGCCUAUGUAGUUUUUCUUAGUUUACUUUGUAUUACUUUUAUGUUUUAUUUCUCGGAAGCCUGUCUGUGAAGUCAACAUCUGGAAGACCUGAUUAAGAAUUGCGGGCUGCCCCCUUGAGGCAUAAAUGCAAUUUCGUUGUGUGCAGUGUUCACUUGUGUGCUGUGGUGUGCUGUGUCACAAUGACAAUGGGAGUUGGAGUUUCCCAAUGGGCUUUCAUUAAAGAAGCUCCUCUAAUAGGCCUAGAAGCUAAAUAUUUCAGGCUUCCCUAACA